UAUUAUUUUCAGACUAAAUGCUCGCUGCCCAAGGGAACGGACCCGAGUGCCGAAGAGUACUGCAUUCUUGCGAUUAAUACAUUUAGCUGUAGACUUUUUGUCAAUCUAAUUAACUUGAUGAAGAUUUUCUUCUGCACUCUCAAUCAGUCCUUUAUACCAAUUUAUGGCUUAUGCAAUGCAGCCAUUUUGAUAAUACUAUUCAGUCUGCUGCAUAUGGUGACCAAGUACUUCUUCUUUCCGAAUCUAGUAUCGCUCAUUGAAUUCACUCCGACGACAAUGUUGGGCUCCUCUUACCUGAUCUCUGGACCUUGUCUACUGAUGCCAUAUUACACAAGUGCCUGGCGGACCUGUGUUGUCCGAGAGGAGAAUUCGAGUCCCUUGCAGUUUGCCAAAUUGAGGGACAUUAUGAGGUACUUUGUGAUCGGGAUUAUGGUAAUAUGUGCGCAAGGAUACAAAGCUGAUGGAGUUACCUGGUGGUCCUGCAUAACAUUUAUGAUGCUUGGAUUAGUCUAUCUGUUGGUUGUGUCCAAUCGAAGACUCUAUAUCCAGGGUAAUGAUACGGCUAAAAGUAAAGACCUAACUCUUCUCGAGUUCAGAGUCAUUGUAUUCAUAUUUACCUUUGGCAUUGUCUUGCUUGUGAUCGUGGUAUCGUCUUUUAUGGAAUUUUCAAGAAGUGGUCUUAAAAAAAAGAGACCACCAGAGAGUUUUUCCGAUCUGGAAAGCGAUGAUGAGAUUUUGGGCAGCUAUACGAAGCAAAGAUCCUAUUCGAGGCGACGCAUUUGGUGGACGACUGUGAAUGGAAGUAAGAUUAUGCAGGAUAGCCCUUUGACAUACAGGAUCUUUAUGGUACCCAUCUUUUUCUUGCGGCCCACUUUAUUCCAGUCAUAUCAAAGGAUCGCAUCCAUUAUGGAUGGGUCAAGUACAUCAAUUGCUUCUGUUUCCUCGUCCUGCCGGUGCUGCAUCUUUUCUAUACGUUCGCACUGGUCGACUUAUUGUCAUGACCAUAUUUGCUGGGUAGCCUCUUUCCUGGUCUAUAUCUCUACGCACUCCUUGAGGCGACCCGAUCAUCUGUGGCUUUUUACUCUGGGACUGGUCAUCAGCUCGAUGGCCAUGUGUGUGCUGUGCCGGGAGAUCGAUAACCUAAUUUGGCAAUUUAUCGGUCUGCGAUUAAACUGUUGCCCGAUCUCAAUGUCCUGAUGUAUUUGGCCUGGGUGAGUGUUCUGUGAGGCGAUUGUGGUCAGGGGACUGCAGCGUAGGAAAAUGUUGGAUGCCUGCUUCGGAUUCGUGAUGAGCCUAAGCACUUAUGCGAUCUUCUUGACUUUCCCACUUCUAUACUAUCACGAAUGCUACAAUAGAAAUUGCAGUUUAAUUGCCACGGCAUCAUCAGAAACUUGUGUACUAUUUAUUCUUAUCAUUUUGUUUUCUACUCUGCUCCACAUUUCAAUGAGUGGCUAUGAGUUUCGAUUUUCCCUACUUCUCUACCUAAUGGGAGAGACUUUUGUGUAUGUGAUAUUUCAGUGGAUGCGGCAUCAUGGUGCAGUGUUUCCACUUACCUCUUUCCUACCAAGAAGUGAGUUAUUAAUUGUAAUAUAA